AUGUUCGCCAACUCUGUCCGUGUCGGUCUCCGUGCCGCUUCGCGCUCCUCUGUCCGUGCGCUCUCUACCCAGGCGCGCGCCUCGCCUGCCGCCCGCUACUCGGCCGGCGCCCUCGCUGCUGGUGCCGUCACCGGCUUCAUGCUCUACAACAUGGCCGGCAACCCCCUCCGCCUUGACGGCAAGGCUGUCCCCCACGGCGGUGCCCCCGGCACCGAGAACGAGCGCUCGUUCAUCAUGAUCAAGCCCGACGGUGUCUCUCGCCAGCUCGUUGGCCAGAUCAUUGCCCGCUUCGAGGCUCGUGGCUACAAGCUCGUCGGCCUCAAGCUCGUUACUCCCUCCAAGGAGCUCGCCGAGAAGCACUACGCUGACCUCUCGUCGCGCCCCUUCUUCCCCGGACUCGUUAAGUACAUCACCGAGGGCACCCCCGUUGUCGCCAUGGUCUGGGAGGGCAAGGGCGUCAUCAAGCAGGGCCGCGCCAUGCUCGGCGCCACCAACCCCCAGCAGUCGGCGCCUGGAACGCUUCGCGGAGAGUUCUGCGUGUCCGUCGGGCGCAAUGCGAUCCAUGGCUCCGAUGGCCCCGAGUCCGCUGCCCACGAGAUCGCUCUGUGGUUCAAGCCCGAGGAGAUUUCUGGCAACUGGAAGCCCGCCAACUGGGACUGGGUCAUGGCCGACAACUAA